GUUUUGGUUUUGCAAAUUUUUUGUUUGUGCUGUGUCCAAAGAUUUAACUGUCUCUUAUUUAAAGGUGGUUUUCCACUGAAAUGUCCUAUUUUCUGGGCUUCCUUGGGAAGCAAGUUGAAGAUGAAGGUGUUCCAAGUGAAAAUGAAUUUGUGUAUGACAGAAGAAGAUAUGAAAUUAAGCUUAAUUUUGGAUGCAAUAUCCGGACGCUCCUUUCAGAUAUCAAGAAAGUACCUCAGUACUCUCUGAGAGUAACUGAGGAUGGAGAAGGUGGAGGAACGUUUUUGGGGGUCUAUUUCACCCCAUUCCCCGAUUAUACCAGCAAUAUAGCAUCCAGGGCGCGUCUCUUCAGGAUUUUCUUCUCUGUCGAGGAGGAAGCUCAAGGGGAAGGGGAUGCUGGUAAGUCAUAUGAACCCAUUUCCUUUACAAAGCUCUAUGAAAAGCUCCGGGAAGCUCAUAUUAGGGAAAAGCUUGAGGAAAAUAUCGAAAAUUGUGACGAAAAUGUCCAGCAUGAGGGACUAAGGCCAGAAUUGCGUCCUUAUCAGAGGGAUGCUGUUGAGUGGUUGCUCAAAAGAGAGCUUAGAACGGAGACUCUCCCGACGGAUUAUGAGGAAAUCUCUGCUCGUGCUUUGAGUGAUCAAAUUUUCUACUACAAUCCCCGGACUCUGGACAUUGUGGAUAGUGAACCGGAUGUGAUAGACAUCCCAACGGGAGGAAUUUUAGCUGAUGAAAUGGGUUUGGGGAAGACAGUAGAGAUGCUUGCCCUUAUUUUAAAUAAUCCCCGGGAAUGCGUUAAGAAGCCCGACUUUGGGGACGUCGAUGAGGAAGAUGAACCUUUAGCCAAUAUUGCCAAGGAAUUACACAAUCGUGUUCAGUGUCUCUGUGGCGGGAGAUUGGUUAAGAACAAGAAAAAAUUGAUCAAAUGCAUGAAAUGCUUCAAGAGUCAACAUCAAACUUGCGUAGUCAGAGUUGCGGAAAAUCCUCCGGAAAAGUACAUUUGUCCAGAUUGUUGGAAGAAGGAACCCCCCGUAGAGUCCAAAGCGACAUUUAUCGUCUCGCCAGCUUCCAUUAAGAAGCAAUGGGAAUCUGAAAUUAUCCGUCACAUUCGGGAUCCGAAUUUCCGGGUACUCGUUUACGAUGGAGUAACCAAUUCGGGAUGGAUAGAUCCCGGGCAACUGGCAGAGUACGAUGUCGUUGUGACGGAUUACAAUGUGAUGAGGAGUGAGAUCUAUUUCACCAACGAGAACAGUCGAAGUGGGACACUGAGGCAUGAGAAGAAGCACAUGAAUCCCACUUCUCCGCUGCCCUGCAUUCACUGGUGGCGCGUCUGUCUGGAUGAGGCUCAGAUGGUGGAGUCUACAACGGCACAGUGUGCUCGGAUGGUUAAAACUCUGCCGGCUGUCCAUCGUUGGGCAGUCACUGGGACGCCCAUUGAGAAGCACAUUAGCAAUCUCUUCGGCCUGAUCUACUUCCUGGACGUCUAUCCGUUUACUGACAGCAGAGUCUGGGAGAGAAAACUCGCGAUCCCUUUUGUCCAGGGCAACUUCGAGCCUCUGGUUGAAGUGCUGCAGAAGAUCAUGUGGAGAACUUGCAAAUCUCUUGUCUUUGAGCAAAUUGGAAUCCCGCCGCAAAAGGAGGUUGUUCACUAUGUGACCAUGUCAGACCUGCAGACAUUCUUCUACCGAACUCAGCAUUCCCUCUGUCGAUCGGCUUUCAUGGAAAAAGCUCGGAAAAUUAGUACUGGACUUGCCAUGUCCAGAAUGAAUGCUCACAUCCUGAAGCUCUUGCUGGAGCCCCUCCGGAAACUCCGAUUGGACUGCACUGUGCCCAGUAUUGUCCGGGGACAUCGUCAGGAUCAGACCACUGUGAAGAAGAUCCUAGGACCCAAUGAACUCCAUGCCCAUUUGGUAGCAAAUAAUGAGAAUGAAGCUAAAGCUCAGCUGAGAAAUAUUGCUUCGUCCUUCAAUGGCCUGGCAGGAAUUGCAAUGAUCCGGAAUGAUCGGGAAGAGGCUGAAAGGAUGUAUAAAGCUGUACUGAGGAGAGCUAAAGACUACACGGGGACUAUUUGUGUGGAUUCUCUGCUGCAGAUUCAUGCUCUGCACAAUCUCAUUGAGAUUGGGAAUUUGACCAGGACGCAGGAAGAGGGGCAGGAGAAGGAGGAGGGUUCGGAGGAUGUCAGGUCGGAAUAUAGGGCUGAAUUGAAGAGGUUGGAGGGGAAAUACAUCAGCACGUACCAUACAAUGGUGAAGCAGGUGGAAAAGCAAUUGAGGAAUGCUACAAAUACCCUGGAUGCUCUAGAGGCUGAGAUGGAGACCACAAAUGGAAAUUGGUGGCGAGAAAUUUUUGCAGCAAUUCGUAACACAAAUCGGGAGACUGUGCUCCUUGAUAAGGUCUUCAUAGAAAUCAAUGAGCAAUUUGGGAUGAAUUUGCAGGAAGAAUUGAAAACAACGCAGGGAAUUGACUUGAAGUUGACCGUUUGGCUGGACAAUGUCUUCGAGAGUCGAAGGGCAGUUGCAAAGGCUUUUAAGAAAUUGAGAUUCUUCACAGAAAAUAUCUCUCCUACCCGACAAUCCGAUCCGGAAAUUCGUGAGAAGAUUGAAAGGCUUAUUUAUGAUGCUUUCGAUUGUCACCUGAAUGUGGAAGAUGAUAAGGAUUCUGCUGCGCCAAAAUCCAAAAAGAAACGCUCUGAAGUCUGCAAAUUGUGUCGAGUGAAGGAUAAAUUGAGAAAAUUUGAGUGUUUCAUCUUCAACAAAGUCUUCCUGGAGACUAUGAAUACUGUCCGGGGAAGUUGGAAUCCGUCAAUGGAAGAAGUUAUUGCCAGGACAAUUUUGUCAUGUUACAAGAAGGAACACACUUCAAGGGAAGUUCUGGCAGAGGCUGAAGCACAUUUGGAAUACAUUGAGGGCAUUAAGAAGGAAUAUAAGGAAUACAGUCAACUCUGGUCUGAGAUUGACUUCACUGUUUCGGCUUUCGAUGAGUUGAAGAUGUGCAAGUCUAGACUGGAGGCAAUUCGACCGGAAGAUCUCGAGAAGGGUCAGAAGAAGAGCAAAAAUCAGAUCUUUACUUACGAAAUUGGCGUCAUUGGUGAGGAAUUCCAGCAGGAACUGCAAAUGGCUGAGAAAGAAUUUAUGAGGAUUUGGGGAGUUCUCAAGUAUUUGAAGCAUCUGGAGAAGAACUCGGGACCAGAAGUCUGUCCCAUUUGCACGCAGAUUCCAGAAGAGAAGUAUUCUGUGUUGGAAUGUGGACACCAUUUGUGCAUGGUGUGCAUGGUUCAGAUGAGGAAGUACCACAGGCAUUAUCUGACCUGCUCAGUUUGCCGGCAUAAACAGAAGUAUAAAGAUGUCUACUAUGUAACCCUGAGACCUGUCCAGGGGCAUCAGGAUGUCAUUGUCAAAGGAGAGCAUUCUGCGAAGAUUCUUGACAUGGUCAAGCUCAUUUUGACCCUGGUCAAGGAUGAGCCUGAUGUUAAAAUCCUGGUUUUCUAUCACUGGGACACGGUACUGCCAGUGCUGGAAAAUGCUCUCUAUGACAAUGGGGUGAAGUAUAUUUGUAACAGAAGUAAUAAAUUCCACAAGAUUGUGCAGGACUUUAAGGAUCCUAGAUUGGGCAUAACUUGCUUCCUCUUGCCACUGGCUUAUGGGAGCAAAGGGUUGAAUCUUGUGGAAGCUACGCAUGUUAUUCUGCUGGAGCCGAUACUUAAUCCGGGAGAGGAAUUGCAGGCAAUUGGAAGGGUUCACAGGAUUGGACAGACAAGACCGACUUUUGUUCACAGGUUUAUUGUAUUGGGAACAAUUGAGGAAACCAUCUAUAAGACGAUUUCCAAUGACAAAACUGGAAAAUGGGAAGCCAAAGACAUCACAGUGGAUAAUUUAAUGAGCCUAUUUGAGCUUCCGUCGGGAGAGGAAGUUUUAGAUUGGGACGCUUACAUUUAGUAAUUUUAUUUUAGUUUUAUCUCUAAUUUUUACUGCGAUAGGUGAUACUACUCCCUCCUUUAGUUUAUUUUUUUUAAUUGUAAAAUCGGACUGGAAGUACUAUAGACUUAUUUUUUUCCAGGAUUUUUCAAAAAUCUCUGUAUUUUUAAUAAAGAAGAUUGUAAAAGGAAAGAA